CGCACGCACUCUGCCCUGCCUUGUGCGACUCUUCUUCUUCUUCUUCUUCUUCUUCUUCUUUCUUGUUCUCCACUGCACUUGUCCGCCUACUUAGCUAGCCAUUGCUAGCUACUACCUCUCAUCUCCACCCAGACAGACCCAGCCUCCUGGCAACUCCCAUUAAUUGCUUCUCUCGCCUCGCUCCGUCUCCGUCGCAUGCCACCUCCUCUGCCUCGCUUCACGGCCGCCUCCGCAGCAUCCGCCGUAGCCACCACCGCGCGACUGCACAGGCCGGAGUUCUCCACAGCAACGGCGGCGGCCAUGGCGGGGUCACAGAAGAAGCAGUCGCAGCCCCCGGCGGGCGUCGCCGACAGCAUCAUGCCGCACCUCCUCAACAUCUAUGGAUCGUCCGCGACGGCACGGGACUUCGAGAUUUACGCGCCGAACGCGACGUUUGAGGACCCACUCAUGCGUGCUCACGGGGUUAAGCAGAUCAAGUCAGCAUUCUACACGCUGCCAAAGGUGUUUGGAGAAUCCAAGAUCACCGAAUACACCGUACAAGAGAAUCCCAUGGGGCCGGGCAAAACCGAGGUUGUGAUCGAGAACAAGCAGCAUUACAAGGUGCUGGGCAAGGCGGUGGACCUGACCACACUCAUCAGGCUGCAGGUGGAGAACGGCAAGGUGGUCAAGCACGAGGAUUGGUGGGACAAGAAGCCUCUGAAGAACAGGGACACGGUGGGCCUGCCGCUGGUGGGCCGUCUCGCGGAGGCUAGCCGGCGGGGCGCCAUGCUGCUCACCCACGCCCUCAUGGGCUUCGGAAACGACCCUAAACCUUCUCCACACUAGUACCAGUGUCCAUUUUGCCGCCACGUCAAUCCAAUCCAUCAGUCAGCAGUACUCCAGUGUAGUGUGUAUUUCGGCUGUGCCUUUAGCUAUUGAUCAAUCCAACGGAUUACACGUAUACAUUAUUUACUGUAUUCUCAUCUUGCCUAUACUAUUAAUUAACAUGAU